UUAGAAGUUCAGAAUCCAAAAAGUAGUAUAAUACUGUCAGAAUCGAUAUUUUUCUUCCUCGACCUUUACUUGUCAAAAUUUAUCGAAACAGUGGAGAAUACUGUUUAUCGUGGUUAAAAUUGUAAACUCAACAAAAGUUAUUAGUUAUUAGGAACAAACGUGAAGCACACGCAGCACCUCAUAUUUUUGUAAAAAAAUAUACACAAAUUUAGCUAUGAAAUUGCUGAUGAGUUUAAACGAAAUACCUGAGUUAACAAGAUCUAAUGUUCAUAUCAAGGACAAGGAUGGUUUAUUAAAGAAAUUAAAUAAUAUGAUAAGAGAUGGCAACAAGAAUUUACAGAUUGUUACUGAUUUUGACCACACUUUAACAAGGCACCAAAUGGAUAAUGGGACUAUUGUCCUGACUAGCUUUGGUAUGUUCAGAGAAUGUCCAUCGGUACCACAAUAUUAUAGAGAUGAAGAUAAUAGACUUUCUAAUAUUUAUAAGCCAAUAGAAGUUGAUUCGGUAAUGGGUAAAGAGGAAAAGACCAAACACAUGAUUGAUUGGUAUGUUGCGGCCCAUAAACUUUUAAUAGGUUUGAAAUUUCCUAAGCAAGAGCUCGUAGAAACCAGCAAAAAAAUGGUGGAAUGCUUCAGAAUUGGUGUAAAAGAUUUGAUAAUGUGGAGUAAUGUACAGCAAGUCCCUGUGUUGGUGUUUUCUGCUGGUCUUGGUGAAUGUGUUGUGGCUGCUCUCGAAGCUGCUAAUUUUCUUUUACCGAAUGUCAAGGUGAUCUCAAACUUUUUGGCAUUGGAUAAAAAUGAUACAAUAGUUGGUAUCAAGGGUGAAGUCAUUCACACUCUAAAUAAAAAUGAGACAGCGAUAAAAAAUACAGAGUAUUAUGAGAUGGUGAAGGAACGUAACAAUGUCAUGCUCUUGGGUGAUAACAUCGGUGAUGCGGGGAUGGCAGAGGGAAUGGAGCACUGCGAGGUCAUCAUCAAGGUUGGGUUCCUCGGCCGAAACGUUGAUGCAAACCUACAGAAUUAUAUGAACAAGUUUGACAUUGUUCUUGUCAACGACCACACCAUGGAUUCCGUCAAUGCCAUAUGUAAAUUGAUCCUAUGAUGAAUUUUUAUAUGCAUUUCAUAACACUCACCAUUUUAUAUGAAUUUAGAAUAUAUACAUAUUUCAUAUUUAAAAGUGAGAAUAUUAAUACUGAGAUGUGCUGAAUAUGUCGUUGUGUUUUAUAAACAAUAAUGAAUUUUUUAUUCAUAUUUAGAUUGUUUUAGUCCAAAGGACUGAGUGCUUAUUUUCGUAAUUCGUUAAACUAUUUACUGUUAUGUUAUAAGCAGAUUCUGCUUUAUAUUUUUUUGUUAAAAAUACUUAUGUAUAUUUUGUUUAUUAUGAUGAUAGAUAGUGAACAUUAAAUUAAAUUG